AUGCUCGGCUCCGUCAUGUCUUCACGUGCCCGUGUAGCUGCUGCUGCCCUUAUAAUCAUUCACUGUGCCAUAAAGAAGAAGAGAAAACCACCAAGCGACGACGACAAAUUUUGUGUUACGACGUUCUUUUUGCAAGGUACUUCUUUGAUAGUCAUGGAUUCCAGUUUAAGAAAUAGCAGAGGGAGAAGAAUAUUGGCUUUAAUUAAUCACCGUGUAGAUGGACCUCCGAAAACAGUGUCAGAUGAAAAAGAAAACGAUGAUACCAAUGAAAUUGAGGGCAAUGUUUUUUCAAAGGAACAUAGCAGUGGAAAUACUCAACGCAGUCGCUCCAACAGCUCCUCUUCCUCGAGCUCUUCCAAUAGCAGUACAAGUUCUUCAUCAUCUACUUCAUUCAUUGAAGAUAGUGAUGAUUCCGUCAAGGAUCCUCCCUACCAACCACCUGACAGUCAAGCCCCCGUGUCUCCAAUAAUGUUUGACUACUUUAGUGAAAAUGAUAAUGAACAAUUUAGACAGUUGCCGGUACAAUCAGAUUUAGUCAUAAGCAGUGAUGCUAAUCAUGUUCCAGAUCAAGAAAAUACAGAAAAUGCAAUAAAGAAGAGAGGAAAACGUAAAAGAGAUGAAAAUAACUGGCAAAAGAAUGUUAUGAAAAAACUAAGAAAUGAAGGAAAAUCCUAUGAAGGCCCAUCAAGAAUAGAAUGGCUUCUAUCUUACGAAUAUCAAAGAAUGUGGCUCGAUGAACGAGAAGCUUGGAAAAAACGUAUGUAUCCAGAAAAUACAAUAGUAAAUAUAGACGUUGUAAAACGUUAUGUUCUUUCUUUUAAAAACAAUCAUCAGCCACCGAAGGAAACGAAAAAGAAACCGUUUAAGAUGAAGAGAUUCGAAGGGAUAGGAAGCAAGACUAUUACCAAGCGUAUAUUGACGGACAACACGAUGAAAAAUACCUGA